GCCUUCAGCCUCUACGCCAACAUCGACAUCCUCCGGCCCUACUUCGACGUGGAGCCCAUCCAAGUGCGCACCAGGCUGCUGGAGUCCAUGAUUCCCGUGAAGAUGAUUAAUUUCCCACAGAAGAUUGCAGGCGAGCUGUAUGGACCCCUCAUGCUGGUUUUCACACUGGUGGCCAUCCUUCUGCAUGGGAUGAAGACUUCGGACACCAUCAUUAGGGAAGGCACACUGAUGGGCACAGCCAUUGGCACCUGCUUUGGUUACUGGUUGGGUGUCUCCUCUUUCAUCUAUUUCCUGGCAUAUCUGUGCAAUGCCCAAAUCACAAUGGUGCAGAUGCUGUCACUGUUGGGUUAUGGUCUUUUUGGACACUGCAUCACUCUCUUUGUCACCUAUAAUAUCCACUUCCACUCCCUCUUCUAUGUCUUCUGGUUGAGUGUUGGUGGACUCUCUACACUACGAAUGGUUGCUGUGUUGGUGUCACGCACUGUGGGGCAUACCCAGCGGCUCAUCCUAUGUGGGACCCUUGCUGCUCUGCAUAUGCUUUUCCUCCUCUAUCUGCACUUUGCUUAUCACAAGGUGGUAGAAGGUAUCCUGGACACAUUGGAAGGACCCAACAUGCCGCCCUUUCAGAGAGUUGCCCGAGACAUUCCAGUUGUUUCCAAUGCUAUAAUGAACACAACAGCCAAAGCCAUUGCAUUGACCCUGUAGUUUCACAGACUUGGACUUGCUUCCUUCACUACUUUUGGGGCUGCAUAGGGCCAUAAUAACCUGCUGCCUCUUAGGAACAGGACAGGACAGAACAGCAGGAAGAAGACUUGGUUUUGUUUUCCUGGACCUGUCCUUUGGGUUGCAGUUUUGGCCAGCUGAGUGGACUUCACCUCAGUGACUCAGAAGAACUAUGCUCUUCACCCACCCAGGUCUGGGCUGUCUUGAGUAGAAUGGUUCAGUUGCCAGCAUGUUUAGCUGGGAUUUCCCAGCACAGUUUGUCCUUUACCCUUCUUUCUGCUUGCUGAUGUAACCCUCAGGGCUAUCUGCCCUGUUCCCAAAGAGGGAAGAAUUAAAUUGACGUUGGUGCUGAGUGAUGUCUUAUGUUUGAGUCUACUUGUGUAAUGGGAGAAUGGUGUUGGGCCUUUAUCUGUCCUGUCCUAGACUCAAAGCAGAAUUUUUUGCAA